UUGCACCAGUUCAGCAGUGCAGACAAAACGAACAGGCCUAUAUUUAUCUGCUCCAAAAUGCAGAAAGUAUAUAAUGUGCUGAAGUUAUGAGAAACGAGUCUCAAAUGCUACGGUGCAUUCAUGCUGACUCAACGGUUGCGUGUUUACGCGGGAGCAUCUCGGACGAACUAACCUCAAAUGUGCACGCCGUCUGCGUUAAAUAUCCCGCUUGGUCAUUAAAGAUUCAUCUCUCACGACGAACAUGGAGUUUCUCGAGAAUCCCGUUUUCAAGACCAAGUACUUGAAGAACAAGCUUCGUGUUAAAUUAUGGGAGAGCGAUUUUAUGGAAAAGUACGGACGCAAGCCUAACAAGAAUGACAUAAAAGAGGCUGACGCAAUUAUUAAAGAAUCUUACAAAAUGUACUGGAAGUUGAAAACGCGCGCACUCGAAGAAACUUUGACAGACAUAACUUUCUGCGAUGAUGUGCGAGACAACGUUUCAAACGCGUCCCCGCAGAAACCGACGGGUGACGAGAAACACGAUAAGAAGCCGAGCCCGGAGAAGAUCACGAAAGACGCGGAGAACAUACAUCCGCACAACAAAUUGCCCGCGGCUGCCGAGAACUUGGUGGAAAAGUCCGACUCGGCGAACGUCAAGGGAGUCUGGGGCGAUCACCUGAACAAGAGCAAGGAACAAGCGCCGAAGAAGAAGCAGUCUCUGCUGAUCGGUAGAUCGUCCUCCUUUCAGCUCUCCAGGAACAAGUUCGAGAGCUCCUCCUUCACCAAGCGAAAUCCGCGGAAAUUGUUGUCAUCAACUAAAAUAAGAACCAAGCCCGAGAAGACGAGCUCCAGCCAGUCGAGCGUCGAUCGCGUAGAGGCUCCAGAUGUUAGGAAUGACCUCCGCGUGGCUGCAGAGACAAAGCUCAUAUUCGGCGACCCAGUGAAGGUGACGUUUGAGGGGAGCAAACCUAUGCUGCACUCCAUCAACGCGGUUCAGCAACUGGUCGACGGCCACGUGGCCGGUGUGACCCGUAACCUGGACCAAGGUUGGCUGGACCGCUGCGCGAGGGACAGUAACCGGGAGAUAUCGGCGUUCGUCUCUCAGAGGCUCUCGAACAAUAGCGACUCCGGCGUGGAGUCGAUGGAAUCUAGCAUACACUCCCCGAAGGACAUACCGUCCACCGUGAUGAAUCCCGCAGCGUCGCCGAUGCAGUUCUCCGACGAGGAGGACUUCAUAUGCAACAGUGAUUCCGAGGAAGAGCGCAGGAACAAACGUGUCGGGAACCUGAAGAAGCGCCUGAGCGAUCAAGAAGGCCGCCCCGCGAAACGACUGUGCGUUGAAAUCGGCCGCAGCGAAGCAACCGACGCCAAUACGUUCGAGUCGACUCUUAACAUUCACGCGAGUGUCAAUCCGGUGCAUAGUGAGUCAAAAACUGACGAUAUUCACGGGCUGAAGUUGACUCCUGAUGUUGAUGCUAGCUUUGAACCGUCGAAUGAAUCUGCUAGGACUUUGAACGUUUGCAGAGAGUCUGCAUGCGUCGGGUCGGAUGUUGUUCUGAGAGACAAAGUGACGACCGAGAGUACUUCUUGGGUCAAAACCGACCGGACCAAGUGCACUUCAAAGACGGUGAAUACUGCUGCCGAGUUGGCCGGCUCUGCGAGCCGAGAGGAUUCUUCUUUUUUUGUAGACGAACCGGCGAAGCAACUAACGUCGCAUCGAAGAGCGAAGCAAGUUCCAGUCAACGACGAUUCCGAUCCUGAUUACGUGGAGCAGAGUAAGAAAAGUAGAAAGGCGAAGACGAAGACGAAAAAGAGCGCCACGGGGACACGUUCGGUAAAGAAACCUGCAGGCCAACGGAGCAAGAAGAAAGCAACGAGCAACGCAGAGACAGCCAACAUGAGGAGGUCUGCCAAGACGCGAGCGAACUUGCAGGAAGAUGACGAAGAACGGAAUUCGGGUUCGAAGGCCGGGACGGUCCCUAUUUACGGCGUGGAAACGAUCGAGGCGGUGCCGCGCUUCGCGAUGAACCCAACGACGAGUGGAGAUCUGAUCGCGCAAUGUUCCGAGUCCGUUUCCGCCGCCGAGUCCGAGAAGGACGUACCCGUACUUGCGAGAACGAAGACGAAGCUGACUGACAAAGAGAAGCUGGAGAAGAAAAUGGCCACUGGCACGAUGAAUGAUAACUUCGUUAGGAUCAACCUGAAGAAGAAAGUGUUCGUCAGGGGCAAGAAGAACUUCAAUUUCUCCAAGUACAAGAAGAAUCAGUGGAAACAGAGGAAGAAGGACCUGGCGUCCAGCGAGAGUAACCUGGAUGCGGCUGACCUGAUGGACAAGAACGGUAUGACGUGUUUCAAGUGCGGAGAGUCGGGCCACUUCGCUAGGAACUGCACGGUCUCCAAGGGCGAAGCUCUGCUGCCUUUGGAGGAGAUCGACGAGUCGUCGAACUUCCCGACUCUUCAGGAGGCCGAGAAGAUGGCGAGCCAAGGCGCCAUCGUCGCUCACAGUCACAGGAUCGAUCGGCUGCCCCAGAGACCGUCGUUUUCCACUGAGAAGGCCUCAGAUCCUCAACAUAAAGAAGAAGAAAAGGGGAAAAGAGAGGAAGAAACGGUGGAAGAGGUCAUGGCGAAACUAUUCAGUGAUGACUUCGCGGACCCGGUUGAGGAGAAGGCUACGCCCAUACUCGGGCACAAAAUACCAAAGGAACUGUUGUCGCGACUAUUACCACCUCUGAUGGAAGUGGUGAACCCGUUGUAUCCCACGAACCAAGACGGUGGCCUCGUCGAGACCCCAACGGAAGUUUUCGAGGCGCUACGCUUGUUCGGCCAUGAGAGCUUCAGAGCCGGCCAAGAGAAGGCGGUGAUGAGAGUGCUGUCUGGCCGGUCCACCCUGGUGACGCUGUCGACGGGCUCCGGGAAGUCCCUGUGCUACCAAUUGCCGGCCUAUUUGUAUUCUCAACAUUCGCGCUGCAUCACUCUCGUGAUCUCGCCGUUGGUCUCCCUGAUGGACGACCAAGUAACAGGCGUGCCUCUCUUUCUGUCGGCCGCGUGCUUGCACACCGGCCAAAGUCCGAAAGUGAGGGAGCAAGUGAUGCAGGCGGUGAAGGACGGCAAGGUAAACAUCCUGCUGGUGUCGCCGGAAGCGGUGGUAGCCGGCGAGAAGUCCACUGGCUUCGGUGCGCUGCUCAGGCAACUGCCGCCAAUCGCGUUUGCCUGCAUCGACGAGGCCCACUGCAUCUCCCAGUGGUCGCAUAAUUUUCGGCCGUCCUACCUGAUGCUCUGCCGAGUGCUGAAGGAGAAGCUGGGCGUGAAGACAGUGCUGGGGCUCACGGCGACCGCCACGCGAGCGACGGCCGAGAGUAUAGUGAAUCACUUGGACCUGCCUGACGGUAUGGCCGGUGUUAUAUCGGACGUGCCGAUGCCCAGGAAUCUCGUCCUAACAGUCUCAAAGGAUGGGAACAAGGACCAUGGCCUGAUAGCAUUGCUGAGGAGCGAGAGGUUCCAGGAGUGCGAUUCUGUGAUAGUCUACUGCACCCGCAGGGAAGAGUGUGCGAGAAUCGCAGGCUUGUUAAGAGUGUCCCUACAGGAUUCGCGGAAUUCUGAGAAACCAAAUGCAAAGAUGUCCACGAUAGCCGAAGCCUACCACGCCGGUAUGACGGCGCUCCGACGCAAGGUCGUGCAAAAGGAGUUCAUGAGUGGGAAGAUCAAGAUCGUGGUCGCCACCGUGGCGUUCGGGAUGGGCAUCAAUAAAGCGAACAUUCGUGCCGUCAUUCAUUACAAUAUGCCGAGCACCUUCGAGAGCUACGUGCAGGAAGUUGGUCGUGCCGGGAGAGACGGUCUCCCGGCGCACUGUCACCUGUUUUUAAACCCGAUGGAGGACAGUGACAAGUGGGAAUUACGCAGACACAUACAUGCAAACGGCAUCGACAGGCAUACGAUCAGACAUCUGCUGCAGAGAAUUUUCAUUCCCUGCUCCUGCGCGAAAAUAAACGCAAAGGACUCGGGCCGAAGAUGCCCCGGUCACGAGGUCGCCCUCUCGAUCGACGAGACCGUUCAAGCCCUCGACAUCACGGAAGAGAUAAUCUCAACGUUGCUGUGCUAUCUGGAGCUGCAUCCGAGGAAAUUUAUUACUGUACUCUCAUCCGUGUACGUACGGGCCCGCAUCUCGAGCUACAACGGGCCGCAAGCUCUGAAACAAGCGGCGCAAUCUUCUCCGCCGCUCGCGAUGGCGAUAGCGCUGGAUAUGCAGAAGAGGAUCACACACGAGGACAGUAACGUCAUAGAGUUCCCAGUGAUCGACGUUGCAUCGGCCAUCGGCUGGGACAGCGGUGUCGUGAAGAGCCACCUUAAGGAUCUGGAAUGGGCGGCAGGAGCUGACGGAAAGAUGAAGCGCUCGGCUAUAUCAGUACAUUAUGACAAACUCGGCCUACGAGUGAAAGCGCCGGGCGAUCUCUCCGACGUCGAACUGGACGAGGCGCUGGACGCGCUGAUCGCGCGCACUCGGUCUCAGGAAUCCUCGUGCCUGCGCCAGCUCGAGAUCAUAUCCAGCGCGCUCAGUAGAAUCAGCGUGUCAUCGAUCAAGUACUGUUUGGUCUUGGAUGAGGACGUAGCGAAGAAGUCAGAAGAGCUCAAAGACACUAUCCGAAAGUAUUUUCAAUCGGACUCUCCUCUGGAUAACGUCGAUAUCAGUUUUCAGGACAAAGUGCCAAACGAGCACCAGAUCGCCGCCGACGUGCGCAGCUUGGUCCUGUGCUACAGAGACACCAAGUUCACCGGUCGCGCCGUGGCUCGCAUCUUUCACGGGAUACAAAGUCCGAACUACCCUGCGAUGAUCUGGGGCAGGUGUCGUUUCUGGCGGGCACAUCUCGCCGCGAACUUCAACGGGAUUUGCAGAAUCGCCGCCAAGGAGAUCCUGGCGCUGCGAUGAUAGCAAGACCGGGGUGAAAUAACGAUAACAACAGUCAUAAGAAAAUACAAUUCUUCUCGCAGCUUACAUUCAGUAAACCUUGUCGGUUAAAUACGCGCAAUUUUUUAAGGCUUCUGGUCCCUCGCCGUGAAAGGGUUUGUGUGAAAGAAGACUUCGGGCCGCUGGAAUGUGCUUGCAGAGAGAUCCGGACUUCUCCCUUGAAGGUCGAUCAACGGUAGGAUGACCGUAACACGAGGUUGUUCAUACGGAAUGAUCGACUAGGCCUCAUAUAACAGUCAUUUUGUAAUUGUUCGGCGACCGUCAAGGAAGAAGCGUGGUGUUCGC